UAAUGCGUCAAUUAUUAAUAAGAUGUCAAAUCCCAGACAGCUGACUUUUACCUGUGGCAGUAUAUGUUGACCUUCAGAUUAGUGUAAUUGUUCUCCUUUAAUAAACUCAGUUGAUUACUCAUCUUUGUCAAGAAGUAACGUGAAAAUUAACAAAAUUUUAAGUUUUAUUCAAUUCAACAACAAUUACUUCUAUCUGAAACUCAUUCCGUAAUUUAUUAUGACACUAAUUGAAGGUGUUGGCGAUGAAGUGCUACAAUUUUUGGGAAUACUUCUUGUUGUACUGUUAGGAGUUAUUGCCUGGUGGUCGACAGGAAUAAGAGAUUUGCCACAGAUACGGACUAUUUUGAUUUUGGAAAGAAGAACUCAAAACACAAGCACACAACAGACAACUUUGGUAUCACAACAUGUUAGUGGAAUUGACACUGGACAAGGAGACCAAACUGCUUGUCGUCAGAGGCGUUUAUCAUCCAACAGAAAUGUUGUAAACAAAAGGGAAAUAACAGUAACCAGAGAUAUUCAUGCUAAUGUAGCUUCCGAAGAAGCUUCAAACAGUGAACCAUCGGUGAGAAGUGAAAUGGAUAGGAAUGCCAGCGGUGAUGAACCAACUGAACCACAGCUUGACCAGAAUACAGAAAACAGCAGUGAAACAAAUGGUGACAAUAUUCGUAUAAGGCUGAAGUAUUUGAAUGACGACCAAAAGUUAGUCGAAGGAAGGCUUCAGGAGUUACUCGGUGAUUUUAAAAGGAGGCAUUUCAGUAUGGAAUUAUCAGCACAAAAGCUGGUUCGUCUCAUAUUCAACGGACAAAUUCUUCAACGAGACGAUCAAACUCUUCAAGGAUGCGGCCUAUACGACAACUGCGUUGUACACUGCCUCGUUCACGCGCAGCAGAAUACUCAAAGAUCCAACGCUCAACAGCACAGUAAUUCACCGCCUCCCGAUUGGAACCUCGGAGGACUGUUGUACACAUGCCUUAGCGUCUUACUUUGUUUAGCUUGGAUUUGUAGAUUAUCUGGCUCCGCCCUGUGGUUUUUAUUCCGAACUUGAUUACAACAUUAUUGAUUGAAUGUACAUAUUGUGAAUAGCAGAUCUGAUUUAAUACUUUCAAUGUCUUUGUCAUAGUUAAAUAAAAAAAAUGAUUUAUAUAUUUGGGUAUAUUGGAAAAAAUAUAUAUAUUUGCAUAGAAUAAGUAAUUCGUCUGUAGAAAUAUGCAUAUACAUUAUUAGAAGAAUAAAUCUGGUGUGGUGCACAAAUCACACAACUUUCUAUCUACCAUCCUAUUUUGAGAGAAAUACAUUAUAUUUAUAUAUUUCUACAACUUAGGCACAUAAUCAUAACCAGAGGGUA